AUGGAUUCUAAAUCAAAGCUGGCAGCGACUCCUCCUAUGGGUUGGAAUACCUGGAACAAGUAUGGCUGCAACAUUAACGAGGAUUUGAUCAGAGAGACAGCUGAUAUCAUGGUGGAUCAUGGUUAUCUUGCAGCCGGUUAUGAAUACCUCAACCUUGAUGAUUGUUGGCAAUCCAAUGAACGUGAUGAAAACGGCACCAUCAUUGUCGACUCUGAAGCAUUUCCUAGUGGUAUCAAGCCUCUUGCAGAUUACGUGCAUUCACGAGGUCUUAAAUUCGGCAUCUAUAGCAGUGCAGGCCGAGAAACAUGUGCAGGAAGAAUGGCAUCAUUAGGAUACGAAACGCAAGAUGCUGCUACAUACGCUGAGUGGGGUGUCGACUAUCUCAAGUAUGACAAUUGCAAUUGGGGUGAAAACGAUGGCCCUGCCCAUGUGCGUUUUCAAACGAUGAAGGAUGCCAUUGACAAGACCGGCCGAGACAUGUUUUAUUCUAUAUGCUCAUGGGGAGCUGAAAACACCUGGGAUUGGGCAUCACAGAUGGGACAAAGCUUUCGCACACAUGAUGAUAUCUACAAUGACUGGAGCUCCAUUGUGCAAAUCAUGGCCGUUCAUUCCAAAUUGAUUGAUUUCGGUGGUCCCGGUCAUUGGGCUGAUCCAGAUAUGUUGGAGAUCGGAAAUGGGCGUCUCAACUACUAUGAAUCAAAGGCACAAAUGUCACUGUGGGCCGCUAUUAAAGCACCUCUCAUUCUUGGCAACACCUUGGCAGAGAUGCCCAAGGAAUUGUACGACAUUGCCACCAACCCAGAGAUCAUUGCUGUCAAUCAAGAUCCACUAGGCAUUCCUGCACGUCGCAUUCAUGGCUCGGGUGCCUACACUGAUAUUUGGGCUGGCCCAUUAGCGAAUGAUAGUCUCGUGGUCGUCAUGGUGAAUUGGGACGACGUACCUGGUGGCAUGGCAACCGAUGUAUCGAAGCCUUGGUCUAUUGGAUAUCAAGGACCCAACGUAACUGCAACUGAACUUUGGAGCGGCCAAGUGACCAAUGGCACCUCGAUUGAUGUUUUCCUUGCUGCACAUGAAGCAAAAGUAUUCAAAUUCACUGGUGGGACCUUUAAUCAUAGCAAGCUGCCAAUGGAACAAUGGUCUAUUAUUGCCAAUACCGACGAAGAAGUAUACCCAGCAGCAUCAUUAAGCAACAACGUUCAUGGUUUGGCACGUCGACGUGGGCUAAAAAAAGCGAUUGGUGAUGCCUAUGUUAUUGCUCUUGGCAAUGUAAAUCCACCUGAAACGGGUGCUCUCACUUUCCAUCAAGUUAAAGGUCGCGGUGUUUAUGCCAUGGGAAUCACUUAUCGAGAUUGCUUUAGCUGGGAUCCUUGCGGGAACAAGUUUACGCGUCGAUGGAAGCUACGAGUCACUGUGAACGACGGCGAACCAACCUGGAUUUCGCUUAGGUCAUCACAUCACUGGUUAGGUCAACAACGCAACCGUUACACCAUGGGUAUCGUGCUGACAGAAGGUGAAAACAAUGAUAUCCAUUUCGAUAACCCCGAUGGUUUAGCACCAAGCAUUGAAGGUAUCACUCUCCGACGAUUAAGAGAUCUUCCUGAAGUUGUCGUUGCUGGAAAUGGUGAUGACCAUCCUACUGCUUUUAUUCUUCCACCCAUGGAAUCGGGUGAUCCUCUCGCCUCUCAAGGUGCCUUGCCUGAGCUCGGUCGUGUUAUUGUUGAUUACACAUGGGAAUGGGUCAUCUUUGCAUUAAUCAUCAUCUUUGGUGUUUGGCUUUUCAGGAUCAUCCGUGAUCGACGAAGAAAACAACGAAAAGAGCUAGAAUACAUAUUGCUUGCAACAUCAUAG